CCUUUCUUCUUCCGAUUCUCUGUCAAAGUAGCGCCGGGCUCCCGUCAUUCUUCGGUUCACUCUUCCGUAAAGAAAAUGGCAGAAGGAGAUGAGGAUCUGCCUAGAGACGCGAAGAUUGUGAAGUCACUGUUGAAAUCAAUGGGUGUGGAGGACUAUGAACCUCGUGUUAUACACCAAUUCUUGGAGGUCUGGUACCGCUACGUGGUUGAUGUGCUAACAGAUGCACAGGUUUACUCUGAGCACGCAAGUAAGCCUGCAAUCGACUGUGACGAUCUCAAGCUUGCUAUUCAGUCCAAAGUCAAUUUCAGCUUCUCACAACCCCCUCCAAGGGAGGUCCUACUGGAGCUUGCUAGAAACCGAAACAAAAUUCCAUUACCAAAGUCAAUUUCAGGGCCUGGCAUGCCACUUCCUUCCGAACAAGACACAUUGAUCAGUCCUAACUAUCAACUGGCAAUCCCAAGGAAACAAUCUGCCCAAGCACUUGAAGAGACAGAGGAAGAUGAAGAAGCCGCCGAUCCGACUCCACCAUCCCAAGAACAGAAGACGGAUAUGCCACAACAGACUCCGCAAAGAGUCUCCUUCCCCCUUGUUAAACGUACCAAGUGAAAUUUUCAUAGUAGUGGUUGGUUAUACUACGGUUUUGAGCACUCUAAUGUAUAAAAGGAAUUGGGCUUAAUCUUACCAUCCUUUGGAGAUGUGAAGAAUCAUUUAAUUGGAAGAAGUUGAUAAUGUACUGAAUCGUUUAAUCUAUAAGAAUAUACUGUUUGAAAUGCGAUAAUGUUUACUAGGUCAUUGCUUUGACGUAAUUUUAACAUUAUAAAGCAGUGUCACUUCCUAUUAAAUAAGAGAAAGUUGUUGACAGGACCUUAACGAAA